AUUACUUACAAGAAAAUGUAUAAUCUGGGGUAAUUAUUUUAGUUGCAGGGGCAUAAUCACUAAUUUUGAAAGAAGAAUGGACAGGAGACGGCGGUUGACAAGACAGAAACUGCACACUACAAAUAGGCUUCAUCACAAAACGAUAAACCCUACCCUCUGCAUUUCUUCUUUCUCAAUUAAAAUGGUUAAAGCAAACAAACAAACCACAGACACUGCUGCAGAGAUGAAGGAAAUGCGUGCUCUAAUCGAAAGGCUGUUUGCAGAACUGAAUGCAAGGCAAGACAAGUUUGAUGAAGCACUUUUGGAGCUGAAAGCAAGCAUUGAAUCUCUUAAGGUUCAAGGAAAUGGUGGAAAAGGAGUUGAAUCUGCCAUGAAUGCUUUAUCUGCGCUUCAGGAGGAGAAUAAGAAGGGACGCGGAAAAAUUACUGGACCUAAAGAGAAGCAAGCAAAAGGAUGCAGCAAGAAAAAGAAUGUUUCUCUGAUCGAAGAUGACGAUGAUGUUGACGUUCCGACUGUAGAUGCAGAGACUACAGAGGAAAAAGAAAUGGCGAUAUCAAUGGACGCUGUAGUUGAAAAUUCUGAGCCCUAUGAAGGUUGCUGCGUGACAGGAUAUCACGGGAAGCGACCCUUGACUGUGCUAAUGGGUGCAGGAGGCACUUCGCACAAUUUUAUCAACGAAUCCUUAGCAGAUAAGCUAGGUUGCGACAAAGUUCCAGUCAAGCCUCGAGUUGUUCGUUCUGCUUAUGGGAAAAUGGUGACUUCCAGGGUGUGCAAAGACUUUCAGCUAUCAAUGCAAGGCACUGUGUUUAGUUUGGAUGUGUAUCUACUUCCCUUGUCGUCGAAUUGCGACAUGGUGUUGGGAAGCGAAUGGAUUAAGACUCUUGAGAAACUUGUAAUUAGUGCUGAGGGUGCGGAGUUCUACCUUCAAGGUACGAAGAAAUUUAUGCGUUUCAAGAAAGGUGGUGGAGGCAGAAAGCGUGGAUUCGAGAAAGCGGGUGGAGGCAGCAAGCAUGGACUCAAGAAAGCUAGAAAACUGCCGGAGGCAGCAGGCGUGGAUAGUCUUUAGCUGAAUUGAAUGCAAGUAGUGAUGCCUCAAAAUUUCAUAGUAGUGAUUGAACUCUUUUAUAUGUUUUUGGUAAUGGGGACUUUAGGCUUGAUCUCUCUAGAAUUCCCCACUAUGCAUGUUUGUUAAGGAUCAUAGUGAUUAGACCAUUAUAUAUAGGUGACUAGUUGUUGUCUUUUUCAAUAUUCCUUACAAUUCUCCAGCUAUAUGGAAGUAAAGGAACUAUAUGUAGGUGAUUAUCUACCAAUAUUAUAGUAAUGUCAUUUUGAUUUAUGAAU